AUGUCAAAAUCAAAAUUACAAGUGCCAGAGAGAAAAGUCGGCCUCCCCUGUGGAGAAAAAUGUCGGCUAAAAUGUAAAGAUAAGAUCAAUGAAAUAUCAAGGCAACAGCUUUUUGAUGCAUUUUGGGGACUCGGCAAUCUUGAAAGGCAGAGAGAAUUUAUAGUGCGACACUCACAAAAAAUAAAACCUAAAUAUCGAUACUCAAGCACACAAGAUUUUAGAGCUCUUAACACUGCGUUUUAUUUUGAGGUUGCUGGAUCCAAAAUUAGAGUUUGCAAACCGUUUUUCAAAUCGACUCUCGGGUUGAGUUAUAAAGCUAUACAAACGGCACUUUCCAAGGUCUCCGAAUCGGGAGUCAUACAAGGAGAUUUGAGAGGAAAACACGGCCAUCAACCAACUAUUGAUCCACAAAUCAAACAGAGCGUUAUUGAUUUUAUAAAUUCUAUUCCAAAGAUUGAGUCUCACUACUUGAGAGCUCAAACGAAAAGACAGCAUAUUUCAAGUUCCCAAAUCCGCGUAGCAUCGUUGAGAUACGCAGCUAGUUUCCGACAUUUGUGCGGCGCUGUGAUUAUAUCGCCGGAAGUAGCUAUCACAGCUGCCCAUUGCGUUCAGGAACCACACCAAUAUGAAUUAAAAUUAAAUAAUUUGUGCAACGCUGCGAGUAAUUCAAAACCAGACGCCAGUGUGAUGGAAAUCAUCAAGCAUCCCUGUUACAACAAGUACACGAGAGCACAUGACAUUGCCUUACUACGAUUAAGGUUUGACGAGUCUGAGAUAACUUGGCCUGACAAUGCUAUAUUACCUAACACCUCAUUCGGUUUAUCAGGUGAAUGCAUCGCGUACGGUUAUGGUUACAUGGAGUCUAAAGCAGAAAUAUUUUCUGAUCAACUAAAAGCUGCAAGAAUGAAAAUAAUUUCGCUAGAUAAAUGCAUUGAUAUCUUAGGCUUACAUGUAGCUCCUAGGUACGACAGCGGAAUGUUAUGUGCGCUUGGAGAUGGUGUAGACACUUGCCAGGGUGACUCCGGAGGACCUAUUAUGUGUGAAGAUAAACUACAAGGUAUUACCAGUUAUGGAAUGAGUUGUGGGAUACCAAAUGUACCUAGUGUAUAUACCAGUAUUGGAAUUCAUUUGCCGUGGAUUCAUAACACCAUAAUAUAUAUUUCCAAUACAUAA